AUGGCAGGUAGAGACACAACCGCCCACGGCCUCUCCGCCGCCCUCCGCAACGACGAGAUCCCAACGGACCCGCGCGUCCUCGCCGACUUCGGCUUCGACAAGUGCUUCUCCGGCAUCGAUCGGGCCCACCUCUCAAUGGUGUACUCGGUCCUCAUGGUCGACUUCGGAGUGCGACCCAACGAGCUGAACAAGUGGAAGGCCAAGGGAAUGAAGGCCGUCAGCGACAAGAUCCGCGCCAAGUUCGCGGCCAAGAAGGAGCGCGUACACGAACUUCACCAUGUCUGGUUCCUCGAGAACCAGUACAUCUGGGACGAGUCGGACGUCAAGGGCCGGGCCAAGGCGUCCGCUUCGGCCCGUAAGAUGAUUAAGCAGAAGCUGGCUUUGCAGAAGAAGAAGAAGAAGGAUGCGUUUGACUGGUGGUCUUGA